GCAGGUACAGCCAACAUCUCGGCCAGCCGAGCAAAGAGAAAAUAGAAUUUGUGUUUUCAUGAGGUUCCAUCAGGUGGAAGGAAGCCCUCCAGAGCUGAGGUUACUCCUGCUGGGAAGAGACUGGCUGGAGAAGAGCCUGACAGGAAAUAUUCUUCUGGACAGGAAGCUGUUCGACCCAUGCAGGCCGGUGGACAUGUGUGUGAGGAGACAGUGCGUCCAUGCAGACGGCCGCAGGGUCACCGUGGUCAGCACCCCCCAGAGGUGGGUCCAGUACGCGGUGGAUGACUGGUCUCUGGUGGACAGGAACGUGGCAGACAGCUUGUCCCUGUGUCAGCCCGGGCCCCAUGCCUUCCUCAUGGUUGUCCCACUGAAGUCCUGCAGGGGCAGGGAGUGGACACUGGAGGGCCCCCUUGAGCUGCUGAACGAGGCACUCUGGAGGAGCAUGAUGGUGGUGUUGACUGGUCAUGAGAAACUCACAGGAGUUUCAGUGGAGGAGUACAUAGCCAGACACCAGUACCUCAGGGAAAUGGUGGAGAGGUGUGGACACAGGUACCAAGUCCUGAACACAACUGGCAAUGAUGUCACUCAUGUAAAAGAGCUGUUUGAGAAGAUUGACAGGAUGGUAACUGGAGAUGUUGAAGAGGGUGGAGAAGGUUAUUUCACCAUGAAGGAGAGCAUUCACAGAGCCGCAGAAGUGAGGAAGAGAGUGGAGGAGGAGAGAGCAGAGCAAAGAAGAGUGAAGAUGCAGAGGAGGAGAGACACACUGAGAUCUCUGCUCCAAGGUUUGCCACAUUAUCUCCAAGAGCUGAACAUAGUGAUGGUGGGAGCUCGAAGAGCUGGUAAAAGCUCAACAGGGAACAGCAUUCUGGGUGACAAAGUCUUUGAGGCUGGACGCUCAACAUUGAAGUGUGUAAGCAGACAGGGUGACGUGGCCGGGCAACUGGUUUCGGUGGUCGACACUCCCGGCUGGCACGCCAGAUACUUCUCAGAAGACACCCCACAGGAAAUCCGUCUUGAGAUUACCCAGAGUGCCUUUCUAUCUGACAAUGCCCCUCAAGCUUUCCUCGUGGUCGUACGAUGUGAUGAGACGUUCACGGAGACGGACCGGUCCAGACUGGAGGAGCAUCUGAAGCUUUUUGGACCAUUAAUCUGGAGCCGUACUGUGAUUCUGUUUACAUGGGGAGACCGGCUCAGUGGCACCUCCAUAGAGCAGCACAUAGAGAGGUGGCCUGGCCUGUGCUGGCUGGUGGACCGGAGUGGGAACAGGUACCAGGUGUUGGAGAACACAGGUCUGGCUGAGGCCUGUCAGGUUAGAGAGCUGCUGCAGAUUAUCAAAGACACUGUGGUGGAAAACGAGGGCGGACGUUUGGUGAACACACUGUGGGAGUUCCAGGAGAGUAACAGGAAGUUGGUUCAAAGGUCAGAGGAAAUCAGUAGAGGGUUGGAUGAGGUUGAAAAGGAGAAUGUCCAGCUUAAACUGAUGCUCAAGGAGAAAGAGAGGAUAGUGGCAGAUGUGAAUGAGAGAUGUGCAGAGAAAGAUUACAUGGUCACAGACUUGAGGCAAAUAAACAAAUUGAGAGAGCAAGAAGCUGAGGAAAGAAAGUUUGAGUAUGAGCAACAGAUUGAGGCUCUCACGCAGUCAUGCGAAGAAAAAGAUGUGGCUCUGGAAAAGAUUGAGAGAGAGCAUGGUGUUGAAAUCAGAAAGCUUCAAGAGCAGGUAGAAGAGCUGAAAAAGAGAAGAGAGGAGGCAGAACAAGACUGGGGCGCCACUGCUGAGCUUCAGGAACGAUAUCUAGAGAGUGAGUCAUGGUGUGUUGGAAUGGAGAAGGAAGUGUCAGAACUGAGUCGACAGCUGGAAGAGUACCGGCUCCAGAGUAGAGGGAUGGAGCUCCUGCUGACGCACAUGAAGGAGGACCUGUCCAGACUCUGGAGAAAAACACCUGCUGGCCAGACUGAUAUCACAAAUCUCAAGAUGGAGUGGAAUGUCUCUUCAGAGCAGACUGGAAGUCCACCACAAGCACAGCUCGAUGAGGAGGAAUGGAGAGAUGCAGCAGGACCUGGAGUGCAGAGAGCAAUGGAAGAGUUGAGGAGGACAGUGUCCUGGCUGAGGGUUGGAACUGUAGCGCUCGGGGCUGUGGUUGGAGCCGUGGCUGGGUCUGUCCACGCUCCGUUGAGGGUUGCCACCGGGGGCGUUGUAGGGGCUGCUGUAGGGGCUCUACUGGGGGCCUCACUGGCCCAGAAGAAGUCUGGAGAAAAUAGAACAGUCACAUUUCUGACAAACAGGCCUCCACCAAAAAACAGAGAUUGUGAACCGUAAAUGUGAAAUGUGAUUACUGAUACAAUAAGUAAAAAAGAAUCCA